CUCAUUCAAGAAUUGGACUACACUUGGUUGCGCUCAAAGGAGCUGAUUCGCUACCGUAGAACCAUAGAUUCAUUGAAAACUGAUUAAUUCAAAAGAAAUGUAGAUUCAUUUACGGUGUUGAAUUGGUAUUUUAGUAUGAUAUUGUAUCCGCAUUGGUGGAAUGCACUUGCGAGAACCUGUAAUGGAACCAAAUGACAGUAUUUGUUUAAUGAAACAGGUUGCGAAUAAGCUCACAGUCCUAGUCAUUGCAUUGGCUAACAUUGCUAAGAAGCGUAAAGAGUGCAAUCUCUUGUGUUUACAUACCAGAUGUGUUCUUUUAUAACACUACCACAGUACAAAUCGCCAUAAUCUCCUGAAAAAUAACCUACUGCACUUUCAAACUGUAAAGAUCAGAGAUUUACAGAGGUCCCAACAGCAGAUCCUAAGAAACCAGAUUCCAAUGCGACAAUGUCCCCAAAUCAGAAGGAGGAACUGGACCGAAUGAGAGCCAAAAAGCUGGCAAAUGCAGUCCACUACAUCUGGGAGACGGGAGAAGACAAAUACAUGCAGCGUUACUUUCACACUGGCUUCUGGUUGUCUUGUGAGAAACACAAUGACGGUGAUGGUGAGAAAUGUCGGAGCUUCAUUGAACUGACCCCUGGAGAAACACAAGGAGUUCUGUGGCUCUCAGUCAUAUCAGAGUUCGCAUACAUCAGCCUCCUGGCGAUGGGCUUCCUUCUGAUGUGGGUGGAAUUGCUGCUCCUGUGUCUGAAUAAGGAAAUGUAUGCGCUCAAGAUCAAUGCUUUUGCUGCCAUCUGCACUGUGCUGUCUGGUUUGAUGGGAAUGGUGGCACAUAUGAUGUAUACAACAGUAUUCCAGAUGACUGUCAGCAUCGGGCCCAAAGACUGGAGACCACAGACCUGGGACUACGGCUGGUCAUUUGCCAUGGCGUGGAUCUCCUUCAGCUGUUGCAUGGCAGCAGCUGUAUUCACCCUGAACUCUUACACCAAAACUCUGAUUGAGAAUAAGCACCGUGCCCGGAUCCGUCUGGAGGAGUCCCGUGCCGCCAGCCACGCGCCGCCUUAUGAUGAGGUCAUCACGACCGGUGGUGGGAGCCUCUACUCUGUCAGCCGACUUGUUCAGCAAUGCCAGAAGGGUGCAUUUAUUGACACUGUGUGGACCCCCAGGGAGGAAGGGUCUUGUGGGGGUAUGGUGGGGGUGAAAAGUCCUCAUGGACUGGUACUAGUGGGGGGGUGCAGGAGAGAGGGAUGCGAGGACUGCGAGAGAGAAAUGGAUGAGAUGGAAGAUGUAUUAGAGAGGGAAGGGAAUGAUGAAAUGUGCUGAGGAGACGUGGACGGCACGCGAUAAUAAGGUCUGGAUCUGAUGAAAAGGACAUUUGCACAGAAGAACGCCCAAAUAAACCGCAGGAAGUCCUUCAUCAUUAGCAGCAUCGGUGAUCAAGUUUACAUGCAUAUAAUUUUCUAAUGAAGAUCCAUACUUUGAUUAAGCCUUUAUUCUGAAAAAUACGUUUACAUGCUUUGCAGCUAUUUAAAUAUUCCUGUAUUCAAAUCAGCAUAUUUUGAAUAAACACACGUGGAGGUUCUUUCCCUGUUAGAUGCUCUUGGCAUUUAUUCUGAUGCACUGAGUAAUUUUGGACUGUAAUUUAAGCAUUAAAUGUCAUACAGUUGCACAUAAGAGUGGGACCCUGUGUGUCAAUUGCAAAAUGUAGCUCAUUAUGUUUCUUUUACUCUUUGUAAAACAUUAGUAAAGCAUCUUUCUUCAUUA